CUUGGUGACCUGUCUGGCCUGUUAGGUCUAGGCAUGGGUUCAUCCAACUUAAUGGAGAUGCAGCAGCAGGUGCAAAGUCAGCUGAUGUCCAACCCGCAGAUGCUGACGCAGAUUAUGGGGAACCCGCUUGUCCAGAACGUGAUGUCCAACCCUGACUUGAUGAGGCAGAUGUUUGCAGGCAACCCGCAGAUGCAGCAGCUCAUGCAGCAGAAUCCGGACGUCUCCCGCGUGUUAAACAACCCUGAGCUCAUGAGACAGAUGCAAAAUCCGGAAACAAUGUCCAUGUUGACAAACCCCAGAGCCAUGCAGGCCCUCAUACAGAUCCAACAGGGCCUGCAGACCUUACAGACAGAAGCCCCGGGAUUCAUGUCCAGAUCCCCUUUAGGUCUCACAGUUCCUCCAGCCACAGGGGGCAGCAUCCCUCCAUCAAACCCUCCCCAACCAGCCAUGGCAACAGGACCCAGCCCGUUCUCGGCCACCAGUCCCUCUCAGCAGCAGCUCAUGCAGCAGAUGUUACAGAUGUUUGCAGGCGGAGGGCCAUCACUUCAGACCCCGGAGGUUCGUUUCCAGCAGCAGCUCGACCAGCUCAGUGCCAUGGGCUUUAUCAACCGCGAAGCCAACCUGCAGGCGCUCAUCGCCACGGGAGGGGACGUCAACGCCGCCAUUGAAAGACUGCUGGCCUAACUCACUCCGUUCAUUCUGGGGGUGAGGGUAGGAAAACUGGUGGUGACUGGCAUUGGAGAUUUUUUUUUUUUUUUAAUUAAUAACACAUUCAUCAAAUGCAAGUCUGACAUGACACCCAGAUAAACUCAGUGGUAUUCCAAUCACCUGUUAUCUCUUCAGCUGAUCUGUAAAUCAUAGGAAGGAGGUUGGGAGAUCGUGGUGGGAGACGUUGUGGAAGGAUGUUGCUGGUUUCCAACAGAAUUGGUCCUGUACUAAAUGCCGUGGCAAUACUGCUACUGUGAAACGACGCCACGACUAUCACUGUCGCGACCACCGAGUUACUCCUGUCAGCGCAGCCGGUGAUGAUUUCUGACAUGACAAGUGCUCAUUCACUGGAUGUCUACAUUAUGUUACCAAGGAAUUAACUUUUAAUAGUUACUUAUUUUCACAUUAUUUAAUUUGAACAGACUGUAUUUAGGUGGUUUAAAAAAAAAAAAAAAAAGUUGUGAAUCUGGAUGUUGUUGCAGUAGGUUGGAUGAUGGACUUCUGCACUCUGGGUCAUGAGAACCAGCUUGUUAUUACUUUCUUUUUCUUCUUCAUCCUCUUGCCUGGUUGACUGGUAUUUAUUUAAGUUAUCUCUUCACUUAAGUUUUUUACCCUGACAGGUUCUUGACUCUUUCUAUUUCCUCUCACAAGGUUUCUCUGAAUUGUACUGAUUCUUGUUGGUAUGGCACUGCUGCCUAAAUGGUUUAGGAGGAGGAGAUGGUGAAGGUUUUUUGGUUGUAGGACCAAGACUAUAACGUGUGUGUGGAUAAGGGGUUGGACAAUGUGACUUUAUAUACAAGAGACUAUUAUAUUGAGACAAUAGAGACUUUUCAACUGGUAGAAAGUUUGCUAUGUUGAGGUAGAUAGCCCUCUUUUUAAUACCUCUGGUUGUAUUGCCUAAGAUAUUGGAUUUACAGGAUCUCCCUUGAAUACAUUUGUCAGGAUUUUCAUUUGCAGAAUUAGAACUAUUGUUCACCUUUUAAAAAAAACAUACCGAAUAAAGGAUUUCAUUCAUAUCACCCACCCAUUUAGACCAUGUCAUUAGAAAUAACUUUCUUAGCAAAAGGUUUUGAUCAAGUUGAUUUUCUGUCGACUAACACUAAAUAAACGAGGAGCCAUUUGGAAUUUUUGUUCUAAACUAUAAAAUGAAGUGAUUAAUUGUGGUUACUGAUUAUUCAAUAGAAAUUGUGAAAAGCUAUUUGGGAAUUGUUUUUAAAGUUAAAUCAAACUCUUUCACAUUAACACUGUUGUGAAUUUCCAUACAAGCAGUGUGUUGCCUGAAUAUAAUAUUGGGUUCUGCAAGUUAUCUAGGAAAUCUAUUGUUUUACCUAUAGAGAGAUGAAUUUUUUUUUUUAAACCAAUAAAUUAUUUGCAAUGUUUGUCUUGUCUAUUGUAAA